CAGAGCUGUGGUCAGAGACUCGCCGAGGGGUCCUCAUUCUAGACGCUGCAAAAUAAACUGUGGUAUUUGGAGACCAUGGCUGCAGACCCACUCUCGGAGCUUCAGGAUGACCUGAACUUGGAUGAUACCACCCAGUCCCUCAGCCAGCUCAAACUGGCCUCCAUAGAUGAUGAUAAGAGCUGGCCAGCAGAUGAAGCCCCUGCUUUCCCCAAAUCGGAGGACUGCAAAGGCUCCCCUGAAGCCGUCACUCACCUGCAGUGGGAUGAUCCCUACUAUGAUAUCGCCAGGCACCACAUUGUGGAAGUAGCAGGUGAUGACAAAUAUGGAAGGAAAGUAAUUUUGUUCAGUGCCUGCCGGAUGCCCCCAAGCCAUCAACUUGAUCACGUGAAACUGCUGGGGUACCUGAAAUUCACACUGGACCAGUAUGUGGAGAGCGAUUACACGCUGGUGUACCUACACCAUGGCCUGACCAGUGAGAACAAGCCAUCCCUGAGCUGGCUGCGGGAUGCCUACAGGGAAUUUGAUCGCAAAUACAAGAAGAACAUCAAAGCCUUGUAUAUUGUGCACCCAACCAUGUUCAUCAAGACCCUGCUGAUUCUCUUCAAGCCUCUGAUCAGCUUUAAGUUUGGACGAAAGAUUUUUUAUGUGAACUUCCUUAGUGAGCUGGAGGAGUAUGUGAAGCUGGAACAGUUGGGGAUCCCAAGCCAAGUGCUGAAAUACGAUGAAUAUCUGAGAUCUCUGCAGAAACCUUCACAAGUGCCCCAGAAGCCAACACCCCCACGCCCACCACUGCCAAACCAGCAGUUUGGAGUCUCGCUCCAGCACCUCAGGGAGAAGAGCCCUGAUCAGUCUCCUGUUCCUCUGGUGGUCAGAGACACCAUUGCUCAUUUGCGGGAGCAUGCUCUUUCUACAGAGGGGAUUUUCCGGAGAUCAGCAAAUACACAGGUUGUCAGAGAGGUCCAGCAAAAAUAUAACAUGGGUGUGCCUGUAGAUUUCCAGCAGUAUGAAGAUGUCCACCUCUCUGCUGUGAUUCUCAAGACCUUCUUGAGGGAGCUACCCGAGCCUCUCCUUACUUUUGGCCUCUACAGCCAUGUUGUCAGCUUUCAGAGUGUGGAGGAGGAGAAUCGCGUGGACCUUGUUCGCAAAACACUCCAGACACUGCCAGAAGAAAACUAUGAAGUACUCCGUUUACUGACAGCCUUUCUGGUGGAGGUCUCUGCUCACAGUGACAGAAACAAGAUGACAAACACCAACCUGGCCGUUGUGUUUGGCCCAAAUCUGCUGUGGGCCAAAGAUGUAGCCAUCACCCUAAAAGCCAUCAACCCCAUCAACACCUUUACCAAGUUCCUGCUGGACCAUCAGAAGGAGCUCUUUGUGGAUGUGGAGGCCUGA